CCCUCGGGCCGGGUCGGUCCGUCACGGCAGGUCGGUCCGUCACGGCGGGUCGGUUCGUCACGGCGGGUCGGUCCGUCACGGCAGGUGCUGUUUGCUGGUCACCCGGACUUCCAUGGGUACUGCUGUCCCUGCCAGAUUCCUCUCCCCAGCGUGACCCCAACUCUUCUGUCAAUUAUCUGUGAUUAUGGCCACCUCUCACACCAGUUCCCCUUCACCACCUGUGAAAUCUGGUGCUGGACUAGCGGAAUGUCCACAGAAGACAAGUUGUCCAGUCGAAGGCCUCUUGUCUGCUCCAAGCAGGCACCCAGACUGGCUCUGCAAACGCGCCCGGCUGGCUCCCCGUUCCUGCCAGGGCUGCCCUGCGCUGCUGCCUGUGGACACGGCUCUGCUGUGCGGACGUAGCGGACAAACCGAUGAGAGGCUGACACAGGAUUUACCCAAGCUGUGGAGAAUGGCCAGCGUGCCCAGCACCCAGAACCAGCAACUCUGUGACAUCAGCCCCAGGGCCACGGGCACCGCGGGCAACGCGAGAACUGCGGGCACUUGGCUGCUGCACGGGUGGCAACGAGCCCUCGGUUCCUGCGGCUGCCGCGUGCCACUGGCAGCCAUGAACCUGCUGCCGCUCCUCGUCCUGCUGGCCGUGUGCUGGCCCGCGCACGGGUGGGACAACUGCGGAACCUGCGGGCUCCGGCCCAGGGCUUCUUAUGGCUCGACACGCGUUGUGGGUGGCACGGACGCCCAGCCGGGGGCCUGGCCCUGGAUCGUCAGCGUCCAGGAACUCUGGGAACAAGGCGCAGCGCACAAAUGUGGAGGGUCCCUCAUCAGCUCACAGUGGGUCCUCACAGCAGCCCACUGCUUUGUCACGGUCAGGACCGACGCGAUGUGGCGAGUGGUGGCCGGGACCACCCAGCUGUCCCGGCUGGGCCCUGAGGCCCAAGUGCGUCACGUCAGGCGGGUCCUGUCUCACAAAUAUUAUGACUAUGGAACGCAGGAGAAUGACAUUGCAUUGGUGGAACUAGACCACCCUAUCCAGUGCAACGACUACAUACAGCUUGCUUGUGUGGCCGACACCACAGUGAGAGUGUCCGAGCUGACAUCCUGCUACGUCAGUGGUUGGGGUUCCACGUCCGCCAGAAAUGCAAAAGCCAGUGAUGUGCUGCAGGAGGCCCAGGUCCACCUCAUCGACCUGCAGCUCUGCAACAGCACGUGGUGGUACGGAGGGGCCAUCCACUCCCACAACGUGUGUGCUGGCUACCCGCAGGGCGGCAUCGACACCUGCCAGGGGGACAGCGGGGGCCCUCUCGUCUGCAAAGACAACAACGCUGAGUACUUCUGGCUGGUUGGAGUGACCAGCUGGGGGUAUGGCUGUGCCAGACCCUUCCAGCCCGGAGUGUACACCUCCACCCAGCACUUCUACGACUGGAUCCUGGUGCAGAUGGGGCUGCACCACGAAGUAACCUCUGCUCCAACGCCACAGCACUUUGUCACCUCAGCCCCCCCCCAGACACAGAGGCCAACACAGGGCACAUUUAAGCCCUGUCCAUAUCCAGAGAACAAGUUGGUGGAAUUCUUUAAGAAGCUGCAGAAGCUCCUGCAGUCCCUUAAGAAAAAAACUGCCUGAUCAGCAGGAUGGACAAGAUCCAGAGCAGGCUGCAGCGCAGCACAACUGUUUCCUUCUGGGCCAUGUCUGUGGAUCCAAAGGCACCUCAGUGCCCAAGGCCACCUCUGUCCUGCCCACUCUCUGCUGAGUGCACUCAAAUGCUGAAGCUGACUUAGUUCUUGAAAUAAAGUGUCCCUUUUUCACAGCUAA